AUGAGCUCCGGGCAAUCUCAACGGUCAAUUUUUGUUUUUCAUUAAAUCAAAUUUCGGGUUGAGGUUUAGAAAAUCGGUGCAUGGGGUUUAUCUAUUGAGGUUAGGGUAUAGUAUCAUACCCCAAACACGAUUUAAUUCAUGAUUUAGAUAGAGAUAUCUCACUAAUAGUACUUGACGUAUAGUAUACGCCUGCCGUACACCAGUCUGGCCCAUUAUUUUAUUAUUUAUGUCUAAAAUUAAUUUGAAAAACAAAACCACUAACUAGCACCUGAUACCAAUAUCCCCCGUCUCCCUGAAGACUCCCCUGGCAACUCGACGACGGCGCCGCUCCCUCAUCUCCUCGCCGACAGGUGGAGUAAAGACUCGGAAUUACCCAGCUUCGCGCUCGUAAUUUCCGAAUCCCUAUCCAAUUACCCACACCACAAAACAAAUCAGAAACAAAAGAUGCCAUCUUUAUUGUGAAUCGAUGGACAUUAAUGGCCACCAAGAUUUGAACUUCAAUCGGGAGAGGGGGGGGGGGGGGGGGUGGGUGGGUGGUUCUGGCGCUUGCGCUUGGAAGAGAGCUCCCUCUACUCCAGACGGCAAGCUUCCCCAUCGAUCCAUCUACUUUGCUGCCACACCUAUCCAGCCGUCGGCAAGGAGAUGCGGUAGCAGUCGCAGGCCCAGUUGAUCGGGUGCUUCUGAAUUAGUUAGGGGUUAUGUUUUUCUAAUUAAAUGAUUUUGGACAUAAAUAAUAAAAUAAUUAAAAUUAGGAGUAAAUGAGGGAUAAUUGGAUCAUUUCCCAACCUAUUUAACGAACACUUAACGGAUAAUUAGAUGGAAGGGUAAACUUGUUACAAUUUAAUAUUAGAAGGAUAUGUUUGUGCAUAAAUUUAGUAGAGGGGUACAUUUGUUAAUUUUCCAAAGUAGAGGGAUGCAAUUAACCCUAUUUAAAACUAUCUAUUUUGAUUUUUAUUAUCUCUAUUACACCUCCGUAAGAUUGAUGUCGGAUAAGUGAAUCCUAUCCGGGAUCCAAGAAGAAGAAACUAAGGAGUGGGUAGUGACUUUGUGAUACUGUCGACUAACUGGUGAAUGGUCGAGACUCGAGAUAUGAUCAACUUGAAGUGGGUCAUCCUGCACUAGCUAGUUGGCUAACAAAGCGACACUCAAAAGCCUACGAAUUUCUCUUAGGGUGCCUCUGGUUCUGCAAAACAAAAAGUAAAAUAAAGAAAGUUCAAGGAAAGGUAAAUCUAUACUACUGGUGAGUGAAGGAAAACAUGAGGGUCAGGCGUUUCACAUUCCCUCAAUAUCGCCAACAUACGAGUUGCUAAUUUAUUUUUUCAUCUAAUUCCACCUUAUGUCGAAGCUUUUACUCAAACUAGUGGGGGACAAAGACCCUACGAAUUUCUCCUUUGAGGCAUUAUGUCAUUUGUUUGUGUGAUGGUCGAUUGAAUAAAACCUCCACGUCUAGUCUUGUUCUAGGUAACUAGGAUUUUCAUAUUUACACCGGGAAGGGAUGCAAGCUUGACUUAGCAUUCAAUUGAAUCAACUAAAGACAAAAUAGAGAAAAUAAUAUAGAAAGGAUAGAAAGAUGUAAUCAAUCAUAUUGAAUACCAAACAUAAAGUUUACAUGUCUAGAACUUCUAGGGUACACAAACCUAUGCAACUAAGGGAAUUAAUUAACCGGCCAUUGCGACGGGAUUUUGGGGAGUCAUCGUUCAAACAAAGUCCCAGAAUACCAUUAGACACAACGGCCAAAAUAGAGAAAUUGGGACUUAUGUCGCCGGUUUUGCCACUCCUCCCUUGGAACAGGUGUCACUAUAAGUCGGUAUAGUUACCUUGUCGGCAGAAUAAUGACCCUCUAACUGCCUCCUAUCACUGGCUACCGAGUUCUAAUCCCUAGAGAAAAAUUCAUAGGUCUUGGGUUAGGAUUUUAGGAGAGAAGGAAUUGGUCUUCAUACGUCAUCUAGUCAGUCAGAAGAGCCCCUCCUUGCAACUACUACUUUAGGAUAACUUAUGGAUGCCUUCUUGACAAAGUAUCGAACCUUCCCAAAACAGCAGCCACCACGCCGUUUUAUUGGCCAUUAUGGGCCUUGGUAUUCUUUCCGAAUAUGGCUUUAGCAGUCAAGCCUAGGUAUUCCUCAAUGUUCCUAAGUGGGCUUUUAGCUUACUUUGACAUGAAAAUGAACAAAACGCGUCCGAAAUUGUAUUUUAGUAAUGAAGCAGUCUCCAAACACACUUGAGCAUACAAAUAGAAAAUCUAAGGUAUUGGGACGAUAAAUAAAAUAAAUCAAUUCACUUCGAAAAAUAAUAUCAGGAUGUAAAAUAAUUAAUUUAACGUGUCAUCAAAUAACCUCACACUUGUACUUUGCUUCUUCCCAAGCAAACCUAAGUUAAAAAAAAUGUACAACUCACUAAACCUCUAAAAUGACACAUGAUGUUCAAUCUUAGGUAGUGUAUGAUAAGAAGCUUACAAGGUCAACCCUCUCAAUUAGAUAUCUAUGAUCAUGGCAAUAAAGUGCAAAACGCACUUCGUAAGGAUGACAUAAUAGUCCCUCACAAGAUUUUAUUUCCCUCGACUCAAGUCUUUCUAGGGAUAUGGUGGGAAGCAUAUGCAGCUUGGUUAAGCAUUUACAGACAUCCCUACCUCAUGGUAAUCUUUUAUUAGAUAUAUUAUGUGUUCUCUCUUUUCAUGCUAUGCAUGCCUAGCCUUUAGCACUUUUGUGACUCAAGUGCCUUUUCUUUGCCUUAUACAUUGGUACUUGGCAGCUUGAUCGAGUAAGAGUAAUUUCGUACUUGUCUACAUUUAACUUCUUGUUCUCAAUGGUGUGGAGGGUUAAUGAUGUCAAGGGGUGUCAAAAUCUUUAUUCAUGCCCUUGAAAACACAUCAUCAAGUGGCUAUCCCAUCUAUGACUGUAAGAUUUACUUGUACUAGAGAGGAACCAUUAUCAUCUCUUAGGACUGCCCCACUAAAACUCAACUGGUAUCUCUUCAAAAACCUGAUUUUGUGCAAUGAUAAGAUGCCCCACACUUGGAUUUUUACCCAACAUUUUAUAUAUGGUGGAAUUUUCUCUUAAAUAGACUUGUUGUGGUGGGGCUUCGAACGUAGGGUUUGAGAGCUUCAAAAGAUUGUGUUAAGAACUUAUCCUUAAAUUUUGAGUUGGACAAUGUUCUCAUUGGAUCAAGUAUGAGAUGAAGAGUAGAGUAUAAUGAAGUUAACAUAUUUGCAGAAGUCAUUCGUGCAGAUUGACUAGUUACUUCUUUGAUGUUUGGCCAGAAAGCAGAAACAAAUUAAAAUAUAGGGUGAAAGUGCAACCACUCCUCAUAAGCUACAAGAUACAUCAUCAUAAACAUAAACAUAUCAACCUCUAUGGCUGGUGGCGUCAUCAGCAUCAAUCUAUUGGGCACUGGGGUCCUGAGGAAGAGGCAUUGGUGGCGAGUGGGAGCUAAAGAAAGCAUCUUAAGCGUCAAAGUGAGGGCUCCAACUAUGCCACAACCCCCUCUGAUUCUAGAGAAUGAUUGUAUUGUCUCAACACUUGAAAACAGAGAGGUAAACUCCUACUCCAUGUAGUUUCUAAAGAUUUGGACAUCAAGUCCCAUACCAACCAACAUGUCACACAGCUGCAUCAAGAUAACACCAAAGUUGGCUGGUUACUGGUCACCGAAAACACACUUUGAGCAUUCGCAUAGCAAACCCAAGGUAUUAUGACGAUAAAGAUGAUAAAUUAAUGCACUUUUGAUGAUAAUACAUGGAUCCAAAAUGGUAUAUCUCAUGUGUUAUUACUGAAUGUAUCCUAAAAGGCAUUAACUGAGUGUUGGUAGAUCCCUUUGGCGAUCAAGAAGCAUUAUAACGGUCAAUGGAUCCAUCAUAAAGACAUUUUUAUUGAAAAAUCUAGUGAUUACCAUUAACAUUAUAGUGUGGUUAACGAGGUACUAAAGUCCAAGUACCAGUAACAACCAAGAGCGAAGAGUUGUGUACCAUUCAUGAUACUAAGUGCUUCUUUGAUAGACUUGUGCUUAAGAGAUGGGCUCUUCGUGGUUAGAAACAACUUAUUGGGUUUGAAGAUUUUUUAUAGAUGUAGUAUUAAAGAUCUUGAAGUCCAGAGGAGGAGGCGGUGAAGGUGGGUAAAUCUAUGUUGAUGAAGUAACUAAGCUGGGAGAUGCAUAAGAGGAUGAAGAGCCAAUAGUAUGAUGGGCUGGUUGAAUCUGUAGGUUGAGUGUGGUAACGGAUUGGAGUGGAAUUAAGCUUACAAAAGGUGAUGUGGUAGUGAGUUCAGAGUAUACCGUGGACUGAUCUGUAUAAAUGUUAGUAUCGAAGCUCGAAAAUGUGGGUUGUACAAAUGUUACACGUUGAGAAACAGAUAUAUGUCGCCUAGUGGGAUCGAAUCAUUGGUACUUGGUAGACAUUUUGUUGAGGACAUUAGCCUAAGAAAAGAUAAGGACGAGACCUAAGAUUGAGUUUAAAAUUUGAGUAUGGUCGAAGCACAAGGGAGUAAUCUAUUAGAGACUAUAUAAUUGGAGUUUGAAUUAUGAUUGUAUUGGUACUAGUUUUAGAUGAUACAUACAAAUACAAGGAUAGCUAGUAGGAAUACAUGAUUCGAUAUUGUAUGUUUGUAUCUACAAUUAUCUAAGGAACGUCAUCAAAACAUCGUCUCUGAAAUGCUUUCGACUACCUCCUUUGUUUCUUCACCACCGGCGACAACCAUGCAUUCUUCUAGAUAGCUGCCAGAUCUAUUCCCUCAAAUUAACCUUCCUAAAUCCUCGAAUAAGUCUUUAACGAUCUCCAACCCAACCCUACCUCCUACAAGAAUGUCAUCGCUGGUCUGACGGCUGGCAAGCCCUCCCAGAUCUGCCAGUCGACCUUUGUGGGAGAACAUGAUCUAGAAGGCGACCUAUUCGGUGGUGAUCUGGAACUCGAAAUAUCUUCCAAACUUAAGGAGAGACUAUGCGAGCCAUGGAAGAAAACCCUCGUGGUAAGGCUUCUAGGUUGCUAAAUAUCUUAUGCAUAUCUCUACUCACAGUUCCGUUGAAAAUGGUAACAAGUGGGAAAACUCGAUAUCCUGGAUUUGAACGAUGAUACUUUUUUUGGUGACAUUCAACAAUGAUCAAGACUACUUAUCGACUCUCACUGGCUGACCAUGGUAAUCUUGGAUCAUUAUCUUGGUGUCCAUCAAUGGUCUCCUUCAUUUUGCACUACAGACAAGCCACAUCGGGAAGUGUGGCGUGGGUUCAACUGUCGGAAUUCCUAGUCCACUUUUACCAUAGGGAAUCACUUUUUGAAAUUGGCAACCUAAUAGGAAGAAUAGGGAAGUUCAACUAUCAUACAGAGCAUCUAGAAAGGGGCAAGUUUGCUUGAUUGACAAUCGAGCUUGAUAUGAUAAAGCCCUUGCCUACACAAGUUAGAGUUGAUGGAGCUUGGCAAAAAGUGUUGUAUGAGAACAUCCCUCAAAUUUGCUACGAAUGCGGGCACAUAGAGGAAGAGGACUGCAUGCUGAAUAAGAAUUCACAACCUCUAGCCUUUGUCCCUGCCCUAGAGCCCUACUAUCCUCCAAACCUUGCCAGAAAAGGUCCCACCAAAGUCGCCAGCAGGGUAUGGCCCGUGGAUGCAAGUUGCGCGAAAAUCAUGGAGACCAAGCAAGAAGAUCGUGUGCAAUAUGGACAAUCAAGAAAAUUUACCAAAUGUGUCGAGAGCAGAUGCUGAGAUGCCAACAACUAAAACUAGCCUAAAAGGGAAAGGGGAAUCAACUAGACCAAUCUCUAAGGCUGAAGGGAAAGGGAAGAAGGAUGGAAAGUCGUAGACCAAAAAGGACAAUAAUAUGGUGCAAAAAAGAAAGGGGAAAUUGACAAUGGAGUAAGCCUCCAACGUGAAAAUACCCCAAGACAAAUUGACCAAAGAAUGGAGGCCUGUUGGCAUCAAAGAAAUGUCCUAAGACCAAGCCCAAGACAAAGCACAAAAUAGUGAAAGAAAGGCAAUGGCAACUGAUGAGGCUUUUCCUUUGCCUUCUUCGAGUCAGGAGAGUCAUGUCGUCUUGGGCCCGAACAAUACCAAAAUCCACUUGGUCAUGGUUCCUUCCCUAGUCACCAAACUGAAAAUAUGUACCCAACUACCCAUAUUCAAAUCGCUCAUCAACCUGCCAACACUAUGUGAAGGACACUACCAAACGAUCAUUAGCCAGGGAGGUCAGCGUCAGAUUCAAUGUCAAUUCGAUAAAAAAACCGUGUAUCUGAUCUCCAAUAAGCGCGAUUAGGCAAACAAAGCACAGAAGGCUACGUUCCCCCUCACGAUCAAAGCCAUUGAAGAAUUCUUUUGCCCUUCCUCAGAAGAAGAUAGAUGAUACUUAGGCAAACGAGGAGUUGCAUCUGACGGCUUCACUGAACGUGCCGGCACCUAUGGAUAAUCUUGUGGUCAAUCAAGGACUGCAUAUCCCCUCCCGUUGAAUUGCUUUUGAGCUUCUGGUUUCCUUCUUUUAAUUUACCUUAUUAUGUCUAUUUCUAUGUCAAUGUUUUCUACUAACAACCUUAGUUUCAAGGUUUUAGCUUGCAAUUUUCUAGAACAGGUAGCAAAUAGCUCAAAAGGUUGAUUCGAAUUCUCAUUGAGACUUACAAGCCAUAGAGUCUUCUAAUCACGGAGCUUCAAAUUAGCGGAGAUAGAGCCACCAUUGUUGUGACAAGCUUGGCUUCGGUGAAUUCUUCUGUGUCGAAGCUGAGGGGCGCAAAGGAGGAAUUCGGCUGGCAUGAAAUCCUAAAGCUCUCCAACUCAAUUUCGUAGACACUAGUAAACAACACAUCACUGUGAAUAUAUCCAGCCCUACCUCACUAUAGUGGUUUCUCACUGGCGUCUAUAGGUGCUCGAAAUACAUAUUCCAGUACCUUCUCUGGGAUCAUCUGGAAAGAACUAGCAAGGAGUUUGAGAUUCCCUAGCUGGUGACGGGGGAUUUUAAUGCUUACUGUUGGCGACUAAGAAAGGAGGCCCUAUCAUGCCUUCUGCUCUUUGACAGUAUCAAAGGUUUGCUGAUUGGAUUGAAUCGGCUAAUCUAUCCGAUUUAUGUUUUUCAGGGCCUCGCUACACUUGGUUCAAGGGGAUACAAAGAGAACUCAUAAGGGUAGCAGGAGUGACCGAUCACUCUGCAAUGAUGAAUGGAAUGUGACAUUUCCAAAUACAUAUGUGCAACACAUGUCGAAGCUGCAUUCUGACCACUUCAUACUCCUUACAUCUCUUUCCUUUUAUGUUUCCAAUAACAUUAGCAACAAAUACUUUUGGUUUAAAGCUAUUUGGCUCCUACACGAGCAGUUUGCUGACUUUUUUGUAGGAAAUUUGAACUCUGGAACUAAUUUGCAGCAAGCCUUAAAUGACAUUGCACCCAUACUGCAGCACCGGUAGAAAGCAGUGUUCGGUAUCAUCAAAGAUACUUCUGGAAAGGCUACAAUGCAUCCAAUUAAGGAUGGCGACAAACUUCUCCAAUGGCCUCGCAAAACUCCAAGAGAAGCUUGAAGUCGUGCUAGAUACCCUCAUCACUCAAGAAGAAGUUAUAUGGUAUCAACGAUCUAAAAAGAAAUGGGUAAAAUUGGGCGAGCAAAACACCUCUUAUUUCCAUCAACAAGCCACGCGGAGAAGGCGGUGAAACAAUAUCCUUUUUGUUUAGGACAACAACGACAAUUGGGAGAAUGAUCCCGCGAAACUAAGGGAGCUUGUCUUAAAAAUUUAUUAUACUUUAUAUACUCAGGGGAACACUCUCUAUCAUGGUCUUAUACCUAAAAAUAUUUUCCAUAUGCUUAAUCCAUAAUAGCUCUUUCAUCAACUUUUUCCCUUUAGCAUCACUGAUAUUCACAAAGUAGUGUUUGGCAUGAAGCCUUACUCUAACCCUGGCCCAUAUGAAUUUCAUGUUGUUUUUGAUCAGAAGCUAUGGGGGUCAAUAGGUAGGAGUCUCACUAACAUGGCUACUUUGUUUUUUGACAUAGGUAUUUUACUAACCAGCAUGCUUGAAUCCACGGUUGUUCUCAUCCCCAAAACAAAGUUUCCAAAGACCCGACUCAGCUUCGCCCUAUUUGCCUGAACAAUGUUGGACUGAAGGCUAUCACGAAGGCCAUUACUAAUAGAUUGAAACCCUUGAUUCCAAAGCUCAUCCCCCCACACAUUGUGGUUUCAUUCCGGGAAGACAAAAACACGAUAAUGUCAUCAUCCUACAGGAAGUUCUAACAUGAUGCAAGAAGAAGGGAAAGAAGGGGGAAUCUUCAUCAAGUCGACCUAGAAAAAGCCUAUGCCAGAUUAAGAUGGGACUUUAUUAGGGAUACUUUGAAGGAAAUAGGACUGCCAAGUACAUGGAUCAGUAGGAUUAUGUACUACGUCGAGAAUAAAAAGUUGAAAAUUAG